CUGGCCUGCCUAGCUCCUGAACUUCCGGCGGGCGCAGCCAUCUUUCCCUCUUGACCUUGGGCUGCGGCUGGCCGCGGUUGGUGGUCUAGACCGUGCCGUUAUGUCGUUCUUGACGCCGCUGCUGCUGAGGGGUCUGACAGGCCCGGCCCGGAGGCUCCCAGUGCCGCGUGCCCAGGUGCAUUCCAAGCCGCCGCAGGACCCGCUCGGGACCAUGGAUGUCGUCAUUGGGCUUACCUCCUGCUUCCUGUGUUUCCUCCUGCCGGCGGGCUGGGUCCUGUCACACCUGGAGAGCUACAAGAAGCGAGAAUGAAGGGGGAUGUCCUCCCCUUUCCCUGACCACCCUGCUGUCCGUCCAGAUCAUGUCUCCUGCAUUCCAGACAGCUCCCCUGGAUCAUGUCGUUCAAUUCCAGUCAGCUUUUCUGCAAUCAUGACCUCUCGAUAUCUUCACGGUGAUGUCUGGGACCACAUACAUUGGCCCUGCUUGGUGCCCCCCCACCUGUAACAAUAAAAUCUAUUUAAACCUUGGUUCCAAAACUCA